AUGACUUAUGAUGGACAAUUCGAUGAAGUGAGACACAAUGGUGAUGGCAUUGAGGUUAGUGGAGAUGAAGUUCUAAUGGUGGGUCUAAUUUUGGUGAAGAGGAAUAGCAUGAAGGGUGUUGAUCAAUUAUGGGAGAGAUGGUUUUUGAUGGGUUUCAAGUGGGUUUAUGAGAACGGGAGAGAUGGUACUAGUUGGGUGAUGAUUGGUGGUGGUUGUCGGUGGUGA